CUCAUUCACAGCACCCACACACUCACACUUACAAACGCACACACACACAGAAGAAGAUUAUUUGUUACUCUUUACUCAAGGCUAUACUCACCUGUCCAGCGCUGUAACUCACCUGUGCAGACAAGGUGUUUAAAUGGAGUCUAUGAAACGUUGUAGGGCAGGAUGGGUUUAUCCGACGUCUCUGCUGUGUGUCUAUGGAUUCCUCAGCAUGGUGAAACCGCUGGAACCGUUCCUCAUCCCGUUCCUCACUGGACCUGACAAGAACCUCACCAUGGAGCAGGUGGCGAAUCAGAUCUUCCCGGUGUGGACGUACUCAUACCUGGCCUUGCUGGUGCCGGUGUUCCUGCUCACUGAUUGGCUGCGCUAUAAGCCUGUGAUCGUGUUCCAGUGCUGUGCUCUGUUUGGGACCAACGCUAUGCUGCUGUGGUUGGGGGGAGUUGGUUUCAUGCAGGCCAUGGAGUUUGUUUACGCAGUGGUGACGGCCUGCGACGUGGCCUACUUCUCCUACAUCUACAGCAUGGUGGCACUGCAGCACUACCUGAAGGCCACGUCGUACUGCCGCACCACCCAGCUGCUCGGGAACACAGUGGGGUCAGUCCUUGGUCAGCUUCUGGUCUCCUUCAACUUACUGACCUAUAAAGACAUACUGGUGCUGACACUGGUGCUAAUCUCCAUCGCCAUGGUGACCGCAGUGCUGCUGCCCAUGCCUAGAACCAGCAUGUUCUUCCACUACAGAGGAGAGAAAGGAGGGGGUUUAACUGAGGAGGGCAAUGAUAACGAAAACACACCGAAAACAGGAAGAGUGGAAACUGAAGAAGAAGAAACGUCCAGAGGUGCUCCGACAGGAGAAGACAUUCCACAAGAUAUAAGAGAGGAUCCAGUGGAGGAUGAUGGGAAAUGUGGAGAGUCUAGUCCAGCUGAAAGACGAGGAUGCUGUAAUACGCUCCAGCAGUUGUGGAGAGAUUUCCUGCAGAGUUUCUCCAGUAGAGAGAUGCUGUACUGGUCAGCGUGGUGGGCACUCUCCACCUGUGGCUUCAACCAAACUGUAAACUACAUCCAGGCGCUGUGGGAACACGUGGAACCUUCCAGCAACUUUACCAUCUACAAUGGAGGAGUGGAGGCUGUGUCCAACCUGUUCGGUGCGGGGGCAGCAUAUGGAGUCGGUUUCAUUCAGCUGGACUGGAGCUGUUGGGGUGAACUGGCUCUGGGCUCGUUGUCAGGCCUAGGGGGUGCUGCUCUGUUUGCGAUGGUUUUCUCUGCUAAUAUCUGGGUCUGCUAUGCUGGAUACGUCGUCUUUAAAAGCCUCUACAUGCUCCUCAUCACCAUCGCCAUGUUCCGGAUAGCUGCAGGACUGUCUUCAGAACGUUAUGCUCUCGUGUUUGGAGCAAACACCUUCGCUGCUCUGGUUCUGCAGACCAUUCUCACCUCCAUCGUGGUGGACAGCAGAGGCCUCGGCCUGGACAUCGUCCCCCAGUUUAUUAUUUAUGGAUCAUAUUUCUCCUGUAUUGCUCUGCUGUUCCUCCUGAGGGGCCUGUACACGUUCUACCGGCACAGAACAGCACCAGAACGGAGAACCGGAGAACAACAGAACCAGAUCAGAGACACACACUCAGAACAGAAAUGCUAACACAUAUAUACAGUGAAUGUCUUUAUUAAUAACACUGAUAAAGCCGCUCGUGCCUCAGGAUGUGAUGUCGUGUGAUGAACCUUAAACCUUAUUUCAUUAUUCAUCUUAUAAUAAAUAAUAAUGAUGUUUUCUAUAAACAGUAAAACAGCUUUUAUCGUUGGUUGUUUGUGUUCUUUUAAAACUGAUAACAAUCGGUGACGUGUUAUUAAUGUUAAUAAACUCAGUGAUGGUUUCUGGA